AUGGCUUCACAGAACCCACUUAAGAUUCUUGAGAUUUCCCAAGUUGCUCCAUUUUCAAACUCCUUCCACUUUGCUGCUGAAUUUUCUUUUCCUCUUACUUUCUACGACACAUUCUGGUUGAACUUUCCUCCGGUGGAGCGUCUGUUCUUUUACCAACUUACUGAUUCGACAGUUGUUCACUUCAACUCAGUCAUCCUCCCCAAACUCAAACAUUCACUCUCUCUCACUCUUCUUCAUUACAUCCCUCUCGCGGGGAAACUCACAUGGCCUCCACAUGCCGCCAAGCCCAUCGUCUCCUACUCAGCAGGAGACGCCGUUUCGCUCAUCGUCGCCGAGUCCAGCGCAGACUUUAAACGUCUCUCCGGCGACGAUACUCUUGAGUCUCCGGAGUUACGUCAUUUAACUCCCCAAUUGUUGACAUCCGAAGACAGAGCAUCAAGCAUGGCUCUCCAAAUUACCUUGUUUCCAAAUCAAGGCUUCUGUGUUGGCAUCACCACCCACCAUGCAAUUGUGGACGGCAGUACUGCGGUCAAUUUCAUGAAAUCCUGGGCUUAUCUAUGCACACAACUUGACAAACCAGACGCUUCUUUACUGCCAGAACUUACGCCGUCCUUUGAUCGGACAGUCAUCAAAGAUCCGACUGGACUUUACCGGGUCUACUUGAAAAACUGGUUAGAUUACUCAGGGUCCGACAUUUCGGAAGUCAACCAGCUAAGCUUAAAGGUCUAUGAAGAUCUAGGAGUCAACCGCAACACCAUACGUGCCACAUGUAAGCUGAGCCGUGAAGAUAUAAAGAAACUCAGAGAAAAGAUAUUGUCAAAAGCAGAAGGUCUAAAACCUGUAAAUCAGCUUCAUUUAUCCACCUUUGUGGUUACAUAUUCGUAUGUUAUAAUUUGUCUCGUGAAAGCAAGAGGAGCAGAAGGCAACAGAAACGUUAACAUUACGUUUCCAGUGGAUUACAGACAUCGUUUGGAUCCUCCCAUCCCUGCAAAUUAUUUUGGCAACUGUGUUUAUUUUCUCAAAUCGAAAAUCCAGGCAAAUGCUUUGACGGAGGAAAACGGGAUUGCAGUUAUCGCUGAGAAAAUCAGUAACAUGAUAAGAGAGAUAUAUGAGAAGGGACUCUUUGAAGGCGCUGAACAGAUACUAGAAGACGUGAUGAAAAUGGAAGCAGGAGACCAGACCAUUGGCCUAGCUGGUUCCAUCCGGUUCAAUGUUUACGGGGUUGAUUUUGGAUGGGGAAGGCCGAAGAAAGUGGAGAUAGCGUCUGUUGAGAAGACAGGAGCAGUCGCUUUGACGGAGGCUAGAGAUGGAAAUGGCGUUGAAAUUGGAGUGGUUUUGAGCUGCCAUGAAAUGGAGAUUUUCAAGUCUUUGUUUAGUUCUGGUUUACGAAAUGUCUGAAAGUUGAA